GGGUCUCCCACCCGGGUACCCCCGCGCGGACCGACCCUCGCCCGGCGGAGGGGGCGUGCGGGCGCAGUCCGCCCAUUCCUAUCACCCUGGGCACUGGAAGGAUGGCCACACAGCUGCUGACUGACGAGGCCCUGGAAACAGUGACGUUCAGGGAUGUGACAGUGGACUUCACGCAGGAGGAGUGGCAGCAGCUGGAGCCUGCCCAGAAGGACCUGUACAGAGAUGUGAUGCUGGAGAACUACAGGAACCUGGUCUCUCUGGACUUGGAGACUAGACCUGAAAUGAAGGAGUCGGAGCCACAGGAGGACAGUGCGGAAGACAGACCGCCUGCUGGGGUGGUCUCGGAGAGACCCCCGAGACAUGGUGCUCGCGUUGUGGCCUCUGAUGGAGCGUGGACACAGGGCGAGCGGGUAGAGAGGCAGCUGGGAAGCAUAGGGACCCGUCCGCAGCGGCCGGAGCUUUCCCUGGGGCUGCCCCCCACGGGCCAGGAGUUUCAGGUCUUCAACCCGCAGAGCUCUGGGCUGGUCCGGCCACGGUCGGAGGGCCCGAGGGAAGAGGGGACCCGGGCACUGGCCGCACUCGGGAAGACCUUCUCCGGGGACCCGGCCGUCAGCCUGCCAACCCGACUGGACGUGGACAGGAGGUCCUAUGGCUGCAGUGCGUGCGGCAAGGCCUUCAGCCGGAGCUCGUCGCUAAUGAAGCACCAGCGCAUCCACACAGGCGAGAAGCCCUUUGAGUGUGACGCGUGUGGGAAGCACUUCAUCGAGCGCUCGUCCCUCACCAUCCACCAGCGUGUGCACACUGGGGAGAAGCCGUUCACGUGCGGAGACUGCGGCAAGGCCUUCAGCCAGCGCAUGAACCUCGUCGUGCACCAGCGCACGCACACGGGCGAGAAACCCUACGUGUGCGCCGCAUGCGGGAAGGCCUUCCGCAAGACAUCCUCGCUGGCGCAGCACGAGCGCGUGCACACCGGGGAGAAGCCGUACGCGUGCGGUGACUGCGGCAAGGCCUUCAGCCAGAACAUGCACCUCCUCGUGCACCAGCGCACACACACGGGCGAGAAGCCCUACGUGUGCGAUGCGUGUGGCCGCGCCUUCAGCCAGAACAUGCACCUGACUGAGCACCGGCGCACGCAUACGGGCGAGCGGCCGUACGCGUGCAAGGAGUGCGGCAAGGCCUUCAACAAGAGCUCGUCCCUCACGCUGCACCGGCGCCGCCACACGGGUGAGCGGCCAUACGCAUGCGGCGAGUGCGGCAAGGCCUUCAGCCAGAGCUCCUACCUGAUCCAGCACCAGCGCUUCCACAUCGGUGUGAAGCCCUUUGAGUGCAGCGCGUGUGGCAAGGCCUUCAGCAAGAACUCGGCACUCACGCAGCACCGGCGCGUGCACACUGGUGAGAAGCCCUACGCCUGUGCCGUCUGCAGCAAGCACUUCACGGGCCGCUCGUCGCUGCUCGUGCACCAGAUGGGCCACACAGGCGAGAAGCCGUUUGCAUGCGGCGAGUGCGGCAAGGCCUUCAGCCAGAGUGCCUACCUCAUCGAGCACCAGCGCAUCCACACCGGCGAGAAGCCGUACCGGUGCAGCCAGUGUGGCAAGGCCUUCAUCAAGAACUCCUCGCUCACGGUACACCAGCGCAUCCACACAGGCGAGAAGCCGUACCGGUGCGGCGAGUGUGGCAAGGCCUUCAGCCGCAACACCAACCUCACACGCCAUCUGAGGAUCCACACCUAGGGGGGUGGCCUGGGGGUGCACCUUUUCCUGGGGCUUCCCUUCAGGGGCUUCCAAGUCCACUCCAGUGUGGGUGGGACCCAUCAGACCCACUGGCAGUGCGACAAGUCCUACAGGGUCGCCCACCGCUGGCACCCCGGCUGAGAGGAGUCCCACCCCACCGGGGCCUUACAACUGGGGCCUCGUGGACGGCUCCCUCCCCACUGGGCACCUGCAUGCCCACAGCAGAAAGGGAGUCCCUCUGGGUCUGACACACUGGGGGCCAUGGUCAGGGCUGCUGCUGUGGCUGGAAACUCCCAGGAGCUCCAGGAACCUGGCAUCAGGGUUCCAGGCUGUGGGAAUAACAUAUAAGAGCCGGGACGAGGCAUUUGGUGUCUCUGGGUGACACUCAGUAGGAAAGCAGGAGGGGCGGGGGGAGGUGGACUCAAUAAGUGAACGUGGGGACAUUUCUGGACCCUAGAUCUGGUCCAGAUAUCAGGUUGUCAUCCUCCAUAAAGCCAGAGGGCCCCUCCCUCCAUCCGUUCCUGACCCACCAUGCUAGACCCACCAUGUCACCUGCCACUGACAUGGCAAGCUGUCAAUGGGCGAAAAAGGUGGUUUUCAGAGUCCGCAAAUAACAGUAAGCACUUUGGAUGCCAAAGUUUCUCAGUCUGUUAAAUUUUUUUUUUUUUUAAUAAAACUUUUAAUUAAGA